AUGAUCAAUUCCACUUCACUAGUCGAGCUGACUUUAGUCACACCGGGUCUCGCUUCCCCUCCCUGGUCCCUUAUCCUGGAGCGACUCGCGAUCCCUACCCUCCGCAUCCUACGAAUCGAGGGUGAACUUACUCACCUUGCCCUCGAUCGUUUCUUGCAGCGCCAUCGCGGACUAGAGGAACUUCAUAUAGGAUAUCAUUCAGAUUACGGCCGUGUAGCCCGUCGACGAACCCCUCCUUCAGAUCUAUCUCAUCUGCGGGUUCUCGCAGCGCCGACCAUGUACCUUCUCCACAUACUAGGCGACGAGCGCACGAGCACCGCCACUCUGGAGAGAUUGACGAUUCUCCCUAGUCUCCACUGUGAGAAGACCGCCGAGUUCGUUUGCAGCCUCUCCAAGGUGCUCACGCUCGUCUCCGAGCUUGAGGAGCUGUACUGGCUCAAUUGCACGUUUCCUCCUUUCAUGGCAGCGGGCGUUGACGAAAUACCGAACGGUAUCAUCGGACUUCCGCUAUCGGAUGUUCUACUUCCUAACGUGAAGUACGUUGUGUUGGAACAAGCAUCGAGCGAGAAUAAAUGGGAUUCCUUCAGUGCGUUGCUCUUGAUAAGUCGGCCAUUAUGGAUUGGCGUAGUCCGAUAG